AUGCCAGCAUCAUCAGAUGACAAGACGUCCAGCCUUAAUCUACAUACGGCUCGUCGGCGUAUGGAAGAAGUGAUGAAAGCAAAUUCAUCCCGUUCUUUAUUUUCGAACACUGCUCAACCUGCGCCAGAAGUGUUACCCCAUGUAUAUACGUCGGCAAACCUUGAUCAAGGCAGUAUAUUCUCUCAGUAUGGUACUAAAUACGCUUUACCUUUGGGCACCUUGACUUAUGAUUAUGAGCACUACGAAGAGGUUAUAAUACCUCCUGCAAAAACUGUUCCACCUCGCGCUUUUGAACGCUCUAUAUCAAUAUCUGAACUGGACCAACUUUGCAGACAGUCAUUUCCUAAAUACACUUCUUUAAACAGAAUUCAAUCCAUCGUCUAUCCCACUGCGUACUGUUCUAAUGAAAAUAUGUUAGUUUGUGGUAGGUCGAAGAAUCCAUCAGGUAAAACCGACGUAGCUAUGUUAACGAUCUUACGUGUACUUGAUCAAAAUCGCUCUGUCCUCAACCCAGAUCUUCCUUUACAUUCGACAAUUGCGAGGGACAGUUUCAAGAUCAUAUAUGUCGCUCCUAUGAAAGCUCUGGCCUCAGAAAUCGUACGCAAGCUGGGUCAACGUUUGAAGUGGCUUUCGAUCGUAGUCCGCGAAUUAACAGGGGAUAUGCAAAUGACCAAGGCCGAAAUUGCGCAAACGCAGAUUAUCGUCACAACUCCUGAAAAGUGGGACGUUGUAACCAGAAAGCCCUCUGGUGAAGGCGACAUAUCAUCGCUUCUCAAAUUGCUUAUCAUUGAUGAAGUACACUUGUUAAAUGAAGAACGUGGAGCAGUUAUUGAAACCAUCGUGGCUCGCACAUUACGACAGGUCGAGUCAAGCCAGUCUGUCAUCCGUAUUGUUGGCCUGAGUGCUACCUUGCCUAAUUACAAGGAUGUUGCAGAGUUUUUAAGCGUUUCACCACAAGCAGGACUGUUUUACUUCGAUUCUUCAUUUCGGCCAGUUCCACUGGAACAACACUAUAUCGGUGUAAGAGGAAAGCCUGGGAGUGCAGUAUCACGCAAAAAUAUCGAACGCGUCGCAUACGAAAAAGUUGCAGAGCUGGUUAAGCAAGGUCAUCAAGUUAUGGUCUUUGUUCAUGCACGAAAAGAAACUGUGAAGACUGCCUUGUCCCUGAAAGAAGCUGCACUAGCGGAAGGAACGCUGGAUGAAUUUUCCUGUGAAGAACAUCCACAAUGGUCACUUUUCCGUCGAAGUAUUGCAGAAUCCAGAAAUAAGGAAAUGAAACAACUUUUCGAUAAUGGGUUUGGAAUUCACCAUGCAGGCAUGUUACGAUCAGACCGUAACAUGAUGGAAAGAAUGUUCGAGGCCAGAGCAAUCAAGGUAUUAUGUUGUACUGCAACCCUUGCUUGGGGUGUGAAUUUGCCUGCACACGCUGUCAUUAUAAAGGGGACCCAGGUUUACGAUAGCACCAAAGGCUCAUUUGUAGAUCUGUCAGUCCUCGACGUUCUUCAAGUAUUUGGUCGAGCCGGUCGCCCAGGUCUUGAGACAAGUGGAGAGGGUUAUAUCUGCACCACAGAGGAUAAAUUACAGCAUUAUCUCGAUGCUGUGAACUCUCAGGUUGACAUUGUAUGCAGGUUCACGGCAGGCAUGAUUGACUCGCUCAACGCCGAGAUAUCACUUGGAACGGUAUCAAACACAAACGAAGCAGUUCGGUGGUUGGGGUACACUUAUCUGUUUGUACGCAUGCGGAAAAACCCUACACAUUAUGGAAUUUCUCGAGAAACGCUAGUAGAUGAUCCUCAGUUGGGUCACAAGCGUAGCGAGUUGGCAACUUUGGCUGCGAAGAAACUGGCUGAUGCACGUAUGAUUGUUUUUGAUCAAAGCACUGGUGCAUUGGCAGCCACUGAUUUGGGCAGGAUUGCCGCGAGAUAUUACAUUAGGCAUUCAUCGGUCGAGAUAUUCAACAAAGAGCUCAAGCCCAAAAUGACUGAGGCUGAUGUGCUAGCGAUGCUCAGUAUGAGCACAGAGUUCGAACAAAUCCAAAUUCGGGAGUCGGAAGUCAAGGAGCUAGAACUCCUGAUGGGGAUUAUUCCGUGCGCUGUGCGGGGUGGUACGGAUACAAGCCAAGGAAAGGUUAAUAUCCUUCUUCAAACCUACAUCUCCAAGCUUCCUGUGGACGAUUUCGCGCUCAUAUCAGAUGCCGCUUACGUAGCCCAGAAUGGCGGUCGAAUCAUUCGCGCCCUAUUAGAAAUGGCGAUGAGUCGUAAAUUGGCCAACGCAACUACCGUGAUCAUUGGAUUGACCAAAGCGGUUGAAAAGCGUUUAUGGCCAUUUGAUGAGCCUUUGAGACAAAUGAGUCUCAAAGCCGAGAUUUUCUAUGGGCUAGAAAACGCACGAGAAGAGUAUUCGGUCGCAGAACUAGCGUCCAUGAGCGCUGGAGAGCUAGGGGAGCUAGUUCGGUUGAAUGAACGACAUGGAGAAGCUCUACUCGUCGCAGCCAAACAAUUUCCUGCCGCGCUGAUGGAGUAUAAUCUACGCCCUCUUGGAUUUGAUGUGUUAAAUAUCAUCUUUAGCAUUACUCCGACCUUCAACUGGAGUUCAAAAGUCCACGGUCACGAAGAGCCGUUCUGGCUUUGGCUAGAGGACCACAAUGGCUCGAAUAUUAUCCAAGUCGCACGGCUUGCUUUCCACCAGACCACUGAGGUACUCCGCGCUAGCUUUGUUAUAUCUAUCCCGAAUGGAGAUCCUCCCCCUUCAAUAACAGUGCGGUUUAUGUCAGAGAGGUGGAUGGGUUCUGAGGAUGAGCUUAUUAUCCCAAUGGAUGCUCUAGUAAUGCCCUCUCUUUCACACAGCUAUACACCGUUGUUAGACCUUCCUCUCCUUCCUCGCUCGGUUUUGGAUAACCUACCAGUAGAACCCGGUUGUCCAACUGAUUUACAGUGCUUCAAUGCUAUUCAAACUCAGGUGUUUUGGAGUUUACUUCAGACUGAAAUGAAUGGACUCAUUGCCGCCCCAGUCGGCUGUGGAAAGUCUAUCAUGGCCCAUCUUGUGAUACAAUCAACCCUACUCAAGGCAACUUCCAAGUCGUGUGUGCUACUCAUUACCCCGAGAAAAAGUCUGGCCAUGGAGUCUCUUUCAGCACUACGAUCAAUUACAAAAGCGACGCCUAUCGAGAUCGUAUACGUCACUGAUCAGGAUAUCUUGGCUCCAACCAAAGGCAGAGUGGUCCGCGUCGUUACAGCCGAAAACCUUCUGUCAGCUCUACGUCAUCGUGAUGCUCGAACACCUUUUCAAUCACCGGUCCUCGUUGUCUGCGAAAAUUUGGAGCAGUUGAACCCUUCCUAUGAACUAGGGGUAUCUUUGUUGCGAUACCUAUUACAACCCUCUCCUACGAGAUUCAUCGGGGUGUCCAGCUCGCUAUAUGAUCCCACUGAUCUCGCCGCAUGGUUCGAAGUCGACCCUUUGGCCAUGCACAGUUUCCGAGCACGUGAUCGCGAUUCACCAUUAAUUGUUUCCACGCAGACAUUCACGAUACCAUAUUCCGCUGUCUUGUUCAAAUCCAUGGCCAAGCCCGCGUAUGCAGCAAUCCGGAGCUGUCUUCCAAGUGGACCAGUUAUCGUAUUUGUUCCCUCACGUAGCCAAUGUCGAUCCGCGGCAAUGGAUUUUAUUACGCAGUGUGCAUUGGAUAUGGAAUCAGAGAGGGGGUUUCUUACCGAUGACGUUUCCACCGAGGACCUAGAAAGCUACCUAGCUAUACUGCAAGAUUCUAGUCUCGUUGAUUAUGUUUCACGAGGCAUUGGACUGUUCCACGAGGGUAUUACAAAAGCCGAUCGAGCUCUCAUCCUCAACCUGUAUACUCGAGGCAUUGUACGGGCCCUUAUAGUCGCUAGGGAGUCAUGCUGGCAUUUACCAGUCCGGGCAGCGGCGGUCGUGGUUAUGGGCACUCAGCAUGUGUUCAGUGAAUCCGGAAGCUCAGAGCGUCAACUACGAGAUUACGAUUUCACGGACCUCGUGCGGAUGCAAAGUAGGGCAGUGCGACCUACGGGAUCUGGUCAUUUCUUCCUCUUUUGCCCUACCGAAUCUCGUGAUACCUUCAGCCGGUUCUUGGAUGAUGGUCUUCCGCUUGAGUCCCGAUUGCUAGGGUCGGAUGAGCUGCAGGAUUACUAUAAGGAAAAGAGAAGAUCCGGGGCGAUCCGUAGUAGACAGGAUGGUGUUGACUUACUCUCCUUCACGUUUCUUGCCAGGCGGUUGGCAAGUAAUCCUCUGUAUUACGAUGCAAGAGGAAACUCUCUGGACGAAAGCUUGUCGCGGGUUGUAGACGAUCUGGAAUAG